AUGGAAUCAGGAAUGUCUCCGGACAAAAAGAUCCAAAAACAGAAAAUCCUACAAACCUAUGAUGUAGACAUUUUCACAAUUAUGGAAGCUAAGAUUUCGGAUUACAAACUGAACAAUGAGGAUCCGGCUACAUAUUUGCACUACAAUGGAACCAAAACAACUCCUGACUUACUCUUGGCUUCAAGUGACAUCAGUGAGCAUACACGCUGCAAAAUAAUUGACGAUCCUGGUUCUGGUCACAAACAAAUCAUUGCUAGUAUCAACAUCGGCAGCAAAAGCAUAACAUGGAAAGUGCCAACUAAGCUAUCAUGGAACUUCAAGAAGGCUGACUGGUCUAGAUUCACAAACCUUUUGGAGAAUGAACUUCACACAAGUCCCCUCAACUUCAACCAACAUCUUGAUAUACUUUUCACUGAUAUCACGAAUAUUAUGAUCAGAUGUGCAAAGAAAACUAUUCCCCGAGGCAAGACUAAACACUAUCAAGUGUUUUGGUCUAAACACCUUGAGGAACUGAUAUGUAGGAGGGCCACCCUUCGCAAUACUGCUGAUCAGACUGGAAGAACGGAAGACGCACAAGCCUGGUGA